AUGUUCAAUCUCAGCAAACUCCGCAUCGAUGUGGGCAAGCUCAAGAUCGACCUCAAAGUGUUGAUCGACGUGUUCAUGCUCGCCGGUGCCGGGUUGUCGAUGUACUACAUCGUCAACCACCUCGUGCUGGAGAUGAACGACGGGCGCAGCAAGGAGAAAGAGGCGGCGCUGAAAGGCGUGCUCAAAAAGAUCCAGGCGUCCAACCCCCACUUGAAGGACGUCCAGUUCACUCAAUACGAACGCAACUUGCUUGGUUCGCUCGUCACUCCUGACGAGAUCCUGGUGCUGUUUGACGAUAUCGGCGGGUUAGGCGAUAUCAUCGACGAUGUCCGAGAAACCGUCAUUUUGCCCCUUACGCAACCUCAGUUGUUUGCUAGCCUGGCAGGUUUAAUCCAACCGCCGAAGGGUGUGUUGUUUUAUGGUCCUCCUGGUUGUGGGAAGACGAUGUUGGCUAAGGCCAUUGCCAAGGAGUCGGGAGCGUUCUUCUUGAGUAUCCGCAUGUCCACCAUCAUGGACAAGUGGUACGGUGAAUCUAAUAAAAUUACUGAUGCCAUCUUCUCUCUUGCCAAUAAGUUACAGCCGUGCAUCAUCUUUAUCGAUGAGAUCGACUCGUUCUUGCGGGACCGGCUGCUGCAGGACCACGAAGUGCUGGCGUUGCUUAAGGCCGAGUUCAUGACCCUCUGGGACGGUUUGAGAGCCAACGGGCGCAUCAUGGUCAUGGGGGCCACCAACCGCAAGCUGGACAUCGACGAGGCGUUCUUGCGGAGAUUGCCGAAGCUGUUUGCCAUCAAGCGCCCCAACCCCAGCCAGAGAAAGGCGAUCUUGACCAAGAUCCUUAAGGACGCCAAGGUGGACGAACACGACUUCGACUUGGACUACAUCGUUGCCCACACCGAGGGCAGCUCCGGCUCCGAUCUCCGCGAGCUCUGCCGAGAGGCCGCCAUCCUCCCCGUGCGGGAGUACAUUCGCCACAACUACGACUACCUGUCGGGCCAAUUGGCCGGUGAAAACGGUGAGGACUUCCCCGUGCGGCCGUUGCGCACACUGGACUUUAUUAAGGAGGCGGGAUUGGACUAG